AUGGACCAAGCCAUGCAACUCCACAGCCUCGUCUCUACCGUGAAACGUCGCCGUUCGCUCCACAAACGCGCCAUGUCAGCUUUGGUCGACUGUUUGGAGCUCUACGAAGACACCAUAGACCAACUCAACCAGUCUCGGAGAUCGUACGGUCGAGAUUUUUCCGCGCAUGAUAGACAAACCUCGUUGAGCGCAGCCAUCGCUAAUCAAGACACUUGCAGAAACGGAUUUAAAGAUUUUAAACUAACCUCUUCGUAUUCGAAAUAUUUCCCUAUACACACUCACCGGAAUCUCACUAAAUCAAUAAGCAACUCUUUGGCGGUCUCUAAGGCUGCGGCUGUGGCUGAGGCGGUUGCCAAGAAACAUACAGCAACGGCGUUCACAAAGUUCAGCAAACAAAGAAGUAGCGGCGGAGGAGGUGGUGGUCGGAGAUUGAUGUCUUCCGACCAGAAGUUUCCCUCGUGGAUCCCUCUUUCCGACAGGAAACUUCUGCAAGAUUCUGAGACUACGACGAAACCCGAUCUUGUGGUGGCUAAAGACGGUUCCGGUCAUUACACAAGUAUCCAGGCAGCGGUAAACGCCGCAGCCAAGCUUCCUCGGAAACACAAGAGACUUGUGAUAUACGUUAAAGCCGGCGUUUACAGAGAAAACGUAGUGAUCAAGAAAUCGAUCAAAGACGUGAUGGUCAUCGGAGACGGCAUCGAUUCUACCAUCGUCACCGGUAGUAGAAACGUAAAAGACGGCACGACGACUUUUCGGUCCGCUACUUUUGCUGUAUCCGGCAACGGUUUUGUGGCACGAGGCAUAACAUUCGAGAACACGGCGGGACCGGAGAAACACCAGGCGGUAGCUCUCCGAUCAAGCUCAGAUUUCGCAGUCUUCUACGACUGUUCUUUCAAAGGCUAUCAAGACACGCUCUACCUCCACUCUCGUCGUCAGUUCUUAAGAAACUGCAAAAUCUACGGAACAGUCGAUUUCAUCUUCGGAGACUCAACCGCUAUACUUCAAAACUGCAACAUCCACGCUCGUAAACCGAUGAGCGGCCAGAAAAACACGAUCACGGCCCAGUCCCGCAACGACCCGAAUGAAAGCACUGGUUUUGUCGUCCAGAGCUCUACGGUGGCCACGGAGGCCGAGACUUACUUAGGACGGCCGUGGAAGUCGUUUUCGAGGACAGUUUUCUUGAAAUGUAAUCUCGGAGGGCAAGUGAAUCCGGCGGGAUGGUUGCCUUGGAGCAGUGAUUUUGCUCUGAGGACACUUUAUUACGGCGAGUAUGGUAAUACCGGCGCCGGAGCAAGUGUUUCCGGUAGAGUUAAGUGGCCUGGUUACCAUGUUAUAAAGACGGCGACGGAGGCCGGGAAAUUCACGGUGGAGAAUUUCUUGGACGGAAAUUAUUGGAUUACGGCUGCGGGAGUGCCGGUUAAUGAUGGGCUUUGA